UGUAUGUUGCUGCCACCGGAACUUUUGUAGUCUAAGAGCUGCUAGAUUUCAUACCUUAUCAUCUUCAAUAUUCGUAUCAGCAAUAGUAAAAAUGGGUGACUCGGGAGCCCCUCAGUACGCAGAUCCAGCCGAAGAAGCAAGAGCCAAGGGUGAAAUCUUUGUACAAUACCACCCCAUCGAGGCAGGCCGCUUGAUAACGCAGCAUGAAAUCUUCAAAGAUGCAAUGAAGAGGAUCGUUUUUGCUCCGGUAGACCUGCAGAAGGAUGACCUUCAAGUCAUGGACAGCGGAACAGCAGAUGGCCACUGGCUCGUUGAUCUCCGCCAAAAUACGAGCGGGACAAACAGCUCUUUCGUCGGCGCGGACUCGUUCACGAAGAUGUUCCCCAGACCAACCCCCGAUGGGAUCGAGCUUCACCUCCAGCGGGCUGACAGCCCAUGGCCAAGAUCCUGGUUGCGCAGGUUUGACUACGUGCAUCAAAGGCUAGUCCUUCCCGGCAUUCAAUUCAUGCCACUAUCAGAUGUCGUCAAGAAUUUGUGUGAGCUUGUCAAGCCCGGAGGUUGGAUCGAACUCUUGGAGCAAAACCACAAUUCGCCCAGGGCGGGAGGUUUGGCUAAAGCUGAAGCCAUGAUUUGCGAGAUGUUCACCAUUCAAGGAACUGGUCACGAUUACGGUCUUCGCAUGAAGGGAUGGCUUCAGGAUGCUGGUAUGGAGGAUAUACACGAGCAAGUCUUCGAUGUGCCCGUGGGUCCAUUGAACCCUAACCCAGAGAUGGCGGAGAAGAGCGUGGAGCAGGUUACCAAUGCUAUCAAGGGCUUCAUACCCAUUGCACGCGGACUACCGGUGACGAUGCCUCGUGCCGAACUUGACACUCUAGCUGAGGACACGGAGAGGGAAAUGAGGCGCGUUGGCGCAGUUCAGAGUAUCUACAUUGUGUAUGCCAGGAAGCCUCUUCACGCUUAA